UGACAGAGGAGGAGGCAGAGCUCUCUCUCUCUCUCUCUCUCCAGUUUCCAUAGUGUGUCGACCUCUCUCGCCCUCCAUCAGAUGAGCGUCGUCGUUUCCAUCACGUUCCUGAUGAAGCUGAAGCUUUAAUGCGAUGGACCCGCUACCCACCGACUGCUGCUGUUUACACCGCUGCAUCAUGGGAGCUGGAGUUCCCUGGGCGUCACAGGAGGACAGCUGAUGAGCUGGGGAUUGUGGGUGAUCAGAGUUUGGAGAUGUGCGGAGGUGGGCGGAGGAACAUCAACAAACUCUGAGAUGGUGGAUGAGUCUGCGCUGACUCUGGAGGAGCUGCACACCUCUGCACCAGCACACACAUAAACACUGCUCCUGCUGCUCCUCCUGCUCCACCUCUGUCCAUCUUCGUCGUCUUCAUCUGUCCAUCUCCAACUCAUUGUGGAGGAGAAGUCACCAUGGGCUGUCGACUCACCAGAACCAAGGCCAAGACUCAUGACCAGUCUCGUUACCGUCACCGUGAGGAGCUGCACUUUGUGGACGAGUACGGUCAACCAAUCACUGUGCAUGUGGACGGGAGGAGGGGGCGGGGCCGCAGGAGGAGGCGGUCCCACUGUGCAGUCGAAUGCAGUGCUCCACCAGAAAGACAGUGGGACGCCCUGCGAGUCAUGGGACUGAUGGACGGAGAGGAUGGACAAGGGCCCUUCUAUGGUCACAUGCCCGUGUCACCUGACCUCUACUCUCCCAGCACUCACAUGAUGAUACCACCUGAUGUCUACCCGUCCAACGGUUACCUGAGCCGGGGGUCAGGUGACCAGCAACACCCAGCCAACAGCUACCUGCCCAGCGUCUCCUACAGUCUGGACCACCUGGACCGCCUGGACUACCAGGGUCCGGAGAUGUCAUCAUACCAGCCCAACUCAGAGAGCUGUCUGAUUGGCUGUUACAACACAGAGGAGGUGGAGCCUAAGAGAUUCCACAGACAGCCCGACUACCGUCCAUCCUGGAGGUCCGACCGUCCUCUUGGAUACCUCCCCCUCAGUGAACUCGACAGCGGGUUGGGUUGUUGCCCCGACAGCCCUCACCACCGUGUGGCGCUCUCCGAGGCCGAAACGGACGCCAUGUCAUCUCUGCCGGGCCACACCCCCCUCCUCACAGGCACCGGAGAACAUCGACGCCUACACAAGAUCCACACAGGCCACACCCACCGGCAGACUCAUCACCUCCGCUCGGUACAUUCGCCUCGGGAGCAGAGAGGACGCUGGGAUUUGGAGUCCAUCCCUGAGACAACUCCAGUAACCCACACUGGACCAGCGCAGUCGUCCCGGUGCACCGUGGGCAACAGCACCACCACAACGGUUCACUUUCACAGAGCUGAGAGGAGUCCGACCUUACCCCGACACCGCUCACCGCCGUCGCCUUCCAUUGGUUGUCGUACAGAGCCCUGCCAGCGGAGGGCGCUGUGGUUGGAGCAGCAGCAGGGAGGAGGCGGGACGAUUGACGCUCCAGGGCGGAGUCGAACCAUAACAGACCUGAGCGAAAGCCAACGCCGCCGCCGGGCCAGUCACCCCAACACGACGGACCCCAACCUCCUCAAAACCAGACUCCAGAACAGCCAGACGGCGACGGCAAGCAGCACACUGGGCCCGAGGAGCCGAGCCAGUUACCCCAGCAACACCCCACCCACCGCACACUUGAGCCUCGACAGCAGAGAUCGGUCGGUUCGUCUGGCCACCAGAGGAGCGCCUCUCGGAGCCGGGAUGAUGACUCCCCCUUGUCCAAGAGCCCUGGGUCGGCCUCCAGCGUGGCGUCAGAUUGGCGUGGAUUUCAGACUCUGGGAAAUCACACCAACAACCCUAAAGACUCCUUGGUCCCAUUCUACAGCACACUGGGAGCCCCCAGCGGAGCCCUCGCUCUCCGCCCUCCCCCCACUCCAGACCGUCCAAUCAGAAGUCUGUCCGGAACCAGCUGCUCCGAGCGCGGGCCUACCGAUUGGCCCGGGAGCGCAGCGAAGUCACGACGGACGAGGAGGCUCGAGGAGACGGAGGUGGAGGAGGAGACGAGGACAGGGAGGAGACGGGCGGUUGGCAGGGCGAUUACUGGAGCCGAACGGAGCGACGAACGACAUCUGGCAUUGUCACGCCAACACCGGGAGCGCAGAGGGGAGGAGCCAACGGGAGGGUGGAGGUCAGGGGUCGCAGACCCAGACGGUUCUGGAGCUCAGUCACAUGAAGCAGAACCGGCUGAGAAACAGCAAAUUGUUUGGACGACUGGACCACGGUGGAGGAGCUGCUGACCCAUGGGACCCGGGUGGAGGCGGACACUCAGCUGUGUCCCAGUCCACUAUUAUCGGAUCCACCACCGUCUGA